AUGGCUGCAGGAGAACUAGAAGAAACAAGAGCUCAACGUGUUACCGAUAUCACUGAUGAACCUCUUGAAUUCAUCGCACCUAUAACUGGUUAUGAAAAAGAACCUCUCGUUUCAUUGGAGCAAGCUACUAAACCACUUGUGAAAAUUCUACCAACUAUUGAGAGUCGUGUCUACGUUGCUAAACAAAAAUGUAGGAAGCCUGCCGAUAAUUUAACACAGGACGAAUCAGCUGCCAUCAUGCUUUAUACGAUGGGAUGGCAACCACGUAACGAAUGUUUGUAUUUCGUUUUGAAUGAAACGUUACGCGCAUCAGAUCGGGACGAAACGCUGAAACCAUGGUAUUUAUAUAUUAGACUCUUUCUGAAUGCAUUGUUUCGUCUUUCACCACUUCAAAAAACGGUAUAUCGAGGUGUUCGAUUGGACAUGAGCACUCGUUAUAUCAAAGAAGAAACAAUAGUUUGGUGGGGUUUCUCAUCCUGCACUACAUCUGUUGAUGUUCUGAAGUCGAAAACGUUUUUAGGCGAAACUGGAAAUCGAACAAUAUUCAAUUUACAUUGCCAAUCAGCUAGAAGUAUCCGUAAUCAUUCAUAUUUUCCAGCGGAAGGAGAAAUGUUGCUAUUAGCUGCGACUCAAUUUAAAGUAGUAGGCUGUCUUAAGCAAGGUGAUCUUCACAUAAUUCAAUUGGAAGAAACUCCUCCUCCAGUUCCACUUUUACAGCCGGUGCCGAUAAUCGUUCCUGCAUCAUCAAUGUCAGUUAAAACGAGUAAGUAGAAAAAGCCAACAACCUAGAAGUAAUAUUUUAAAAGAAAUAAAAUGAUUACCUGAGCAUGUCUUAAUAGAAUGAAUUCUAUUUAGGAAUCGAGAUAAAUUGCGUUUAUUUAUAAAUUAUUCAUUUUUUUUUCCUAAUUUCUCUGGUCAUUGUAAACACUAGUAUUUCUUGAUAGAACUUCAGAAAAAUCAGUUACCAAAGACAAUGUGUGCUACGGGAUAUUCGAUGUAUUUAUCUUGAUCUUUAUUUAUCCUUGUACUGAUAACCUUAAUGCAACAUAAUAGUUCCAUGUUAUAUGAAAUUUUGAAACACAUGUGAAUCUUUAUAUCUGCUAUCGAUUUUUUUUUCUGGCACUUUUCUCAUAUAAACUGAUAAUUUGUUAAUAAGUAAUCAAACAGAAAAAUAAUAGUAAAUUUCCCUAUAAACCAAUAUUAAGAUUAAAUUUAAAUAAAAAAAACACUAAAUGUUUCCUCUACAUCACUGUAAUAGAAAUUUUGGCGCAUUCAAAAUGACAUGACAUAAUAUAGAAGGCGAUCAAAUUAGAUGAGUUAAAUUGAGAUUGAUAUAUACACUCUUGGAAAAAAAUGUUCCUCUGUAUUUUUAGGAUAUUUUUGUCAAAUGAACAUGUUUUAUGAAAAGUAACAACAUAUUCUGGAAGCCCGUGAGAUUUUACAUCAUCCUGUAUAUUUAGAUUUUUAUGCGAGUCGAUAUAUAAAAAAGUUCUUACAAUGAAAUGAACACGCCUUCCAUACCUUAUUUCCACACACUUAAUCCACUCAUUAUUAUCUCAUAUUGUUAUUACGAUUUUUUUUAGUGUUACGAAUAGGUUUUGAAAAAAGUAAUCACAUAUUCUGAUAGAACUUCAAACACUCUAUCAUCCCGUGUACUUGUCCAUUUUCUUUUACUUAUCUCUUAAAUGAAAAUUAAAAAAUAGUAAAUGCAAGUAUAGUUGACAAUUACUAAUAUUCUAUCUUUAUCUCUGUUUUUUUCUCGUUUUUUUUUACUAACAAAUAUUCUACAUUCUAUGAAUACCUCAAACGAAGUUAUACCUACCAAUAGUGUGCAAACUCUUUCAUUAGCCUAUGGAUUUUUAUACGAAGUACAACUGUUUCUGUAUUUUAUUAUUAGAGCGUUUUUCUGAUCCAAUAGAAACUUAUCAAAAUGAAUUCAUAAACUUUGUUUAGAGACAACAAUGAGAAUGUUUCAUAGAUUCUCAGCCCUUCCGGUCUGAAAGAAAUCUAAAUUGCAUUGUUUCAAUAUUGUGUUUAUCUAUUUUAAUCGAUUAUUAUUACUAGCAACUGUUAUUUCUAACAUAAUAAGAAGAUACUCAUUAAAAUUGUUCAUGUUAGCAAGCGUAUUUGUAGAUGUUAUCAAUUAGUAUUCUUUCAUAUUUAUUGAAUUCAACAAUUAACUUCGGUUUUACAGAUGUGUUUCAUACUCAAAACGUAAAUAAAAUUAUAAUUAACAAUUGAUUUCUUUAUUUCUGAGUCUGUCUAUCUAUAAAAGAAAAUCGAGAAACUUUUUUUUGAAAGGUUCAGAUUAGGAAUGCAACGGUGACGGUGGUCCACCGUCUAUCGGUGUACCGUACCACCGGUGCACCCGUAUACGGUGCACCGUGUGCACCGGACAGGACAUACUACGACAACUACAACUGUGCAGCCAGCGACUUGGGCAUAAUUGUACUUUAUGUAAACACCUCUGUUAUUUUGGCUUUUGAGAUUGAGAGUUGUUUAUGUAAGCUAGACUUGUUCUAAAACUGAAUAUGCAGUUUUGUAGAGUGAAGUUCGUUCUAUCAAUUGGCAUGUUAGACUUGUUCCAAGUCUAGUUUGUAUAAAUAACUCUCACGCUCACAAAUCUUCAAUUCCUAUGCUUUUGCGACUUUUGAGGGUGCGAGCUGUUUAAAUAAACUAGACUUGUUCCAAGUCAGCAUGCAAUCGAUAGAGCAAACCUCGCUCUACAAAAUUGCAUGUUCAGUUUCAGAAUAAGUCCAGUUUAUAUAAACAACUCUCAGUCUCAAAAGUCAUAAGAACAGAGGUGUUUACAUAAAGUACAUUAUACCGCGACUUGUUCAAAAAAAAGUAAAAUCGUUAGGCAUGCAAGAGUAAGCCUAACGAUUGAGACAAGAAUUGCAUGCAAAGUAUAACGA